GUGACUUUCCAUGUGUACGGAAGUUGAUAGCAUGAAAUCUCUAAAGCUGUAUGUAGUCAGGUCUGGUCAUACGAUCCACCAGAAAAGACAAAUGGCACAACAAUUAGUGCCGAUUCAUACUUCGUAACGCACUUACUAUCCGUAUCUGUGAGUCUGCUCCUUUUCACGGUGCAGUUUCUGGAGAAGCUUUGUCAGAAGCCUCAAAGGAAGAGGGCUAGCUAGCUAGCUGUACGAUGAGUUCCCAAGAUAUGUUGAAGAAUGCCUCCACUCUCGCGUCAUACAAUGUCUUGCUUCAGGUCAUGUUUCGUGUGCUCACCUUUUUGCUGAACGCAUUCACGCUGCGCUUUGUGUCCAAAGAGUUGAUUGGCGUAGUCAACGUCAGGUUGACACUGCUGUACUCCACGCUGGUCUUCUUGUCCAGAGAGGCCUUCAGGAGAGCCUGUUUGAGUGGCGGAACAGAUCACAACUGGAGACAAGUCAUCAACCUGCUAUGGCUGACGAUGCCGCUGGGUGUACUAUGGGCAUCUCUCCUGGUGUGUGUGUGGCUGUGGCUCCUGGAGGUUCCGGAUCCCCUGACCAUCCCCCACUACGGCCCCGCUGUGGGGCUCUUUGCCCUGGCCGCACUGCAGGAGCUGCUGGCUGAGCCUCUCUGGGUCCUGGCUCAGGCCCAUAUGUUUGUCAGGCUGAAGGUGGUUGCUGAGAGCCUGGCCAUGGUGGCUAAGUGUGUUCUGACAGUGGUGCUGGUGGUCUCUGCUCCUCAGUGGGGGCUCUACAUAUUCUCUGCUGCUCAGCUGGUGUACACAGGGUUCCUGGUGCUGUGCUACUUUGUCUACUUCCUGCGUUUCCUGGGCUCUGGGGAGGCUAACAGGAAGUACUUCCCCCUGCAGCGUGUGGCAGACCUGCUGCCCUCCAGAGUUGAAGGAGAGCCUGUGAUUGACUGGACGUUGGCCAGGCUGACGUGGAGCUUCUUCAAGCAGUCCUUUCUGAAGCAGAUCCUGACGGAGGGCGAGCGUUAUGUCAUGACCUUCCUCAAUGUGCUGAGCUUCGGGGAGCAGGGCGUGUACGACAUCGUCAACAACCUGGGCUCAAUGGUUGCCCGUUUCAUCUUCCUGCCCAUCGAGGAGAGCUUCUACGUCUUCUUUGCCAAAGUCCUGGAGAGGGGGCGGGACGUCAGGCAGCAGAAACAGGAGGAGGUUGCCAUAGCAGCUGAAGUUCUGGAGUGUCUGCUGAAGCUGGUGCUUGUGAUUGGUCUGAUCAUCACAGUGUUUGGUUACGCCUACUCUCACCUGGCUCUGGACAUCUAUGGGGGAUCUUUACUGAGCAGUGGUGCAGGGCCCAGUCUGUUGCGAUGCUAUAGCUCCUAUGUGCUCCUACUGGCCAUUAAUGGAAUUACUGAGUGCUUUGUCUUUGCUGCCAUGAGCAAGGAAGAGGUUGACAGGUAUAACCUGGUGAUGUUGGCUCUGUCUAUCUCCUUCCUGCUCCUGUCUUACAUGCUGACGUGGUGGGCAGGGGGCAUUGGCUUCAUCUUGGCUAACUGUCUGAACAUGGGCCUGCGUAUCCUUCACAGCCUGUUCUACAUCCACCGCUACUUCCUGUCUAGCCAGUGGACGCCUCUGCGUGGCCUGAGGCCCUCCCCUCUUCUGCAGCUGGCUCUGGCUCUCAGUGCAGUUCUCACUGCUCUCUCUGAGGGUGUGUUCUGUUGUGACGGAGGAUGGUUACUAAGGCUGGUUCACAUCGCCGUGGGGGCCGGGUGUCUACUGGGUGUACUUGUCACUGUCCUUCUCACAGAGACAAAACUUGUUCAGUUUGUUCUGACUCAGCUCUUACCUCGCUAUGGGAAGAAACACACCUAAACCUGCCCAGCAGAGGAGUAACCUGCCAGCUAUAAUGAGAGAGAGAGACAGGAUAAACCGAAUGGCAGAAGGAUAGAUAGAUCUGAACACAGUGACUUGGAGGGGAAUGUGGAAACAGCUGCAAUCAUAAGUGACCAUGUCAUGGACUGAGGGUGAAGUUGGAAUGAGCAGCUCACUGGCCAGAAAUGUGUGUGUGUGGGUGUGGG